UUCCUGAAAGACAAUGACACUCAGAGGUUGAACGCGAACCCAAUACUUUCGGACCGGAAGCUCACCCGCUUAGGUAAACUCCUUCAGAGUCAUCGAAAGAAGCAGCUGGAGCAACCACAACAACAACUGCAACGCCAAAACGAUGAACAAACUCCGCCGGCUGUUGGUAGCUCACGAGAGUUUCUUAGCUUAUUCGUGGAGGGCGUGAAAAAAGUCAUCACUGCCGACAUCCUGAGGGCCUACUUUGCAAGCUUCGGAGAGAUACUGGCUGUGGAUUUGUCUACGAAAUCCUUAACAGACGAGCCCGGUAGGUGUGCCUACAUUUCAAUCCUGGUGACAGGAGAUCGUAGCCAAUUCCUCCAAACAGAGCACAUUGUAUGUGCGACUCGCCUUAAUAUCAGGGAGUGGUAUUCAUUUGAUUUGGCGGAAACCAACUCAAUAAGGUCCGCGGAAGAAAAUAACAAAGGGAAUAUGGCCUUUGAUGCAGUAUCGCCGAGCCUCAAAUUCGAGCCUAAUUUGGCAGAAACCAAUUCAGUGGAGUGA